AUGUUGCCACUCUUGUGCACCACAAGCAUCAUUCUUGGAGUUGUAUCUCAUUUGCAGCUCUUCAAACAGGGUGAAUGGGAGCGGCAUGUUCCAACUCUUGCGGCAACCUAUGCCUAUGCCAUAGGCCUCCUCAGCCCUAUUGUGGUCCUUGCACUGGCGAAGCUGUCCGUCCGCGAUCCGCUGUUAUUGGUGUCGGCCUUCUGGAUAAGCUAUAUGACCGGGCUUUUUGGGAGCAUCAGCCUCUAUCGUGUUUUCUUUCAUCCUCUCAAGGCAUUCCCGGGUCCGUUGGGUGCGAAAUUGAGCGCGUGGUGGACCGUUAAAGUCUCUCUUCCUGGAUACAAGCUGCCCAUAGAAAUAAACAAACUUCACAAGAAGCAUGGAGAUUUUGUCCGCAUUCGCCCACGAGAAAUCUCAAUCAGCCAUGUCGAUGCCAUUCGUGAUAUUCACGGCCCAGGGACUGUGUGUAUCAAGGGACCAUUCUACGAUAUCAAUUAUCCUUCCCGAUCUCUGCAAAUGAUCCGCGACAAUACAGCUCAUGCAAGGCGGAGGAGAUUAUGGGACCGUGGACUCGGUAUGAAAGCUCUGUCCACGUACGAGCCACGGAUAGUGGAUUACUGCACAGAACUCAUUUCCCAGCUGUCUGCGAGAACACGGAAUGGCAAGCCUAUCGAGAUAACCCAGUGGAUGGACUUCUUCGCCUUCGACGUCAUUGGCGAUGUUGCAUUUAGCAACUUGUUUAACAUGGUAAAAAGCGGAAAACCAGGAGAUAUUCUUAUAACAUUAGCCGAAGCUAAACCCCUGCUUGGAAUCCUCCUAAGCCUCCCGUGGACGUACAUUCUUUUCCGGACUCUUCCCAUCAUUCGCGGGUUGUGGGCGAAACGUUUAAAGCAUAGCGUGGGACGGCUCAGAGAGCGGAUGAAGCAAACAACAACCCUCCAUGACCUUUUCACUCACCUCCUAAACGAUGACUCCCCAGACUCGCCCUUCUCCUCCCCCCCGCUCAUCUUCGACGACUUCUCCAUCCCCAGGGACCUUUUCUUCGAAUCCGAACUCGCCAUUGUCGCCGGUAGCGAAACGACUUCUUCAUCCCUCUCCGCCCUCAUCUAUCUCCUAGCAAUCUACCCGGAGAAGCAAUCACUGCUCCAGCAGGAACUGGACGGCAUCCGGACAGAUGCUGAGGAUCUCUCAUAUCAAAAUUUGUCUGCCAACAGCUCCCCGUUCAUGGACGGCUGCAUCAACGAAGCUCUCCGUUUAUAUCCCGCGGUCCCCGGCAACAUGCAACGCAUGACGCCGCCCGAAGGUGCAUGGAUCGCAGGCAAAUGGAUUCCCGGCGACACGCUCGUGUCCACGCCUACAUAUACACUGCAUCGGGACCCUCGCAAUUUCAAACACCCAAACUCCUUCAUCCCCGAACGCUGGCUCGCCCCCAAUUCCACCUCCACUUCCACGUCCCCAACCUCCACCGCGGACUCCAGCCUAAUCCUGCACAAAGAAGCCUUCCACCCCUUCCUAAUCGGCGCCCACUCCUGCGCCGGCAAAGCGCUAGCCUUCGUGGAGAUGCGCCUAGUGACCGCUCUGCUUUUCCGGACUUUUACCAUCCGCUUGCACUCAGUGGAACAAACGCAUAUAAACGCCUCUGCAAAUGGAACGGGUGCUUCCCGAUUUCCCCUCUUCGAUGAGCAGGAGCCGGGCUAUCGGACGUAUUUCACGGCGAAACCGCCGCCUUUUGAAGUUUUGUUGGAAAGGAGGGGUUAG